UAAUGCUCCAUUAAGCUGGUUGCCAACCGCCGGAAAAAAGAAAGAAGAAGAAGAAGAAUUGUUGCACAACGUGUUUAUUUGUAGAUCAUAGUCGAAUAGUUUUGGUUUGAAAAUGAAAGACGAGAGCGAUAAGAGGCAGGGAAUGAAAUUCUUGGGAAUUCUUGAUAUUCAGAAUACUCCAUGUGCUCGAGAAUCUAUUUUACAUGGUGCAGGGGGAUCAGUAGUGGCAGGAUUGAUCCACUUUUUGGCAACAAGCCGUGUAAAGAGGUCAUUUGAUGUUGGUGUUGCAGGAUUCAUGCUUUCAACAUUGGGAUCAUGGCUCUACUGCAGAUAUGAUAAUGCCAAGCUACGAGUUCAACAGAGGGUCAUUCAGGAUGGCAUAAAGAAUAAAGUAAUUUAUGAAGGGACAACUUUAGAUCCCACACGUAAAACAAGAGGAGAUGCAUAAUUUGAUUGUCUCAACUGUCCAUAUAAAUAUUUAUAGUCAUAUAUUGUCUGUAAAGUGAAUGCUGAUUUUAUUAAUUCUCUGAUUAUAUGACUGUUUUAUGUAAAUAGACCAUUUAUUUGAUUGUCUUUUUGUGGGUGUAUUUUGUGAGGAUGAAAUGUUUUUGGAACAGUACUUCAAAAGUUUUCUUUUAAUAUUUUUCCCACAUUUUAAAAUAAAAGAAAACUCAUGUAACACAUGUAUUUAAGAAAAUUAUGUUUUGCCAAAAAAAAAAUUAAUCAAAACAGUUAAACAGUUCUAACAUUUUCAAACUAUCACCCUUGCCUAGAAUUCGCAAGCAUUAACUCUUGGCAUUUUAACAGUAAAAUUAUUGGGAUGCUUUUGAAGAACGAGAUGGCACCUAAAGAAUUCUGUGCUCUUAUUGGCUACUUCAUUGUUAGGUUUGAAUCAUAAAAACAUAAAAAAAAUGGAAUGUUUGUUUUGUAAUAUAUCAAGAAAUUUUAAAUUUCACAAUUAUGUUUUUGUCCAAAUACAUUCUAAAUGUAUUUAAAGCAACACCAAAGAGUUUUUUUUACCUUAAAAUAACGUAUCCAAAAAAGUUUCAGUGGUUCAUCCACUCAAAACAGUGUGAAUGGCACUUUCACAUUCGCUUUGCAGCCCUCUAUCGGCCAAAACCGCACUAAAGAAGUUUCCAACCGUCGGGUAGUGGUCCUGUAGUUCGAGUGAAAACUACAAAAAUUUGCUUUACGGCAGACCUACAAUCCAAUCAGAGCUAGCUAUGCUGCAGUAUUUACGACAGUGGUAAUGAACAAUUACACUUCUUACCUGUAGGGGGAGCAAAGAGCAAUAAGUCUUUAGUGUUGCUUUAAGCAUAUACCUUUAGAUAAAAAAUAAGAUCAUGAGAAACAAGUGAAAUGUCUUAAAAUUUAAACUGUAGUGAACAGUGUUGUAUUCGAGACCAGCUCAUUCGAGUCCGAGUCAAGACCGAGUCCAGAGAGCGUUGAGUCCGAGUCAAGGCAGAGACCAGAAAAGGUCGAGUCGGAGUCAAGACCGAGUCCACAUAAAGUUGGGUCUGAGAAAAGACCUGAGGUCAUAGUCUGUGCUACGGCAUUUCUGAUCUCACUCAAUUCAUGUUUUGUUAAAAAUGUCAAAGUCACCCUCAGUUUAAUGAUUUUGAAAUCUCCACUCUAUAAUAUUAGGUCCUACAAUAUACACAGGUCCACUGUAACACAAACCACAGCAUACCAGUUUACAAAAUAAAUGUAUUAUUUAUGAAACAAAAUAAUUUAGUUAAAUAAAGAUAAUUGCUCAUAAGCUAUACUGUGCAAAAGACUUAGGCCACCACCACCAGACUUGUUGUUUUAGAAGUUUUAAUGUCCAUCCAUAUUUAUUUUUUAAUCUAUUUUUUUUAAGAUACAAACAGAAAAUACAUUAAAUAUGUAAAAAAAAAAUGGUGGCCUAAGGUGUGGUGUAGUGCCACUCUGUGCUUAAGCGCUGCCGUCUUAUUAUUUUGGUUAACAGCAGCUUAUCUAAUGCUUAAACGUGUGAGCGGGACGGAUGCGUUUUAUUGCACUGCCAUGACCUCCUCAGGUCUAACCUUGCGCCAGUCUGAUGCCUGAAAAAAAAUCACCAAUAACUGUUCACGUCAAUCUUACAUCAGUUUAAAGAAACCGUAACAUAUAUUUUAAAAGGAACUUGGGUGGACUCGAGAAUAAGUCUGAUUCCAAAUGUAUUCGAGUACGAGUCGAGACCGAGUCAAAAUGCUCACGAGUCCAUGACAAGACCAAGACCAUUAAAAUAUGGUCUCGAGACCGAGUCCAAGACCGAGUCCGAGUCUCGAGUACUACAACACUGGUAGUGAAGAAAAGUGUAAUCAAGCUGAUUGCAGUUUAAAGUUGGGUAUCGGGUGCUUUUCAAUAUGCUUCCUCAUUUCCUCGCUUCUACAGCCUACGACCAGGAAACUGAUCGAGCUCUGCCGUCUUGUAGGACGUCUAAAGUUUUUAAAUUGCACUGUGAGGAGGCACAGAACGAGGAGUCAUGCCAAGGAGACACAAGUGUAUCCUAUGUCGCGUUUGCGAUGUACUGCAUUUUCAAAAAAGUUAUCCUAAGAUGUUUUUUUCCAGAGAGACCGGCCCAUGAGACACCUAAUCAGCAGCCCAUUGGUUCUUUUUUAUUUAACAUUUGGUUAGCCCAAUUUGGCUUUUUUAGGGAGCAUGCAGCAUUGUGUGUCUGUAAGAGACGAGGAAGAAGUGUGGGGACCUGCGGUACACUGUAAACCCCAAAGUUGUCCCUACUUAUUAAAUCAAGUUAUCACAACUUGAUAUUACUUAAAAUAACGUUAAUGGGGUCACGCGCUGUAUGCUCUGCAGCGUUUAUGUGUACUUUUUCUUUAAAACAUUAGGCUACUUUAAGUAAUAAUUAGUGUUGUGCCUUUUGAAAAUUGUGUUUCCAUUACCUACAUAACAUCUUUCUCCAACUCAGCUUUGACUUCAAUCCAGAGAUAAAGCGUAAAAACUUAACCAGAGAUGCUGUCCGCAGCGUAGCGUUGCCAAGUCCUCUGCCUUUUUCCGUUUUAACCAGUUGUUUUUUUCUGCAUGUUAAAUAUAAAUAAAUAUAAAUAUAAAUAAGAUGGGACGACUCUGCAGCCCCUUGACAGUCUGCAUUUGUCUACUAUACCCCAUGGUAAAGUAAUUGAAGGGAAAAUUGUGACAAUCUAUGUUACCUUCCUGAAGCAAUGUGCCUUCUGUUCGGACUGUUUAUGCUUUACAUCUGAAAUACCCAAAGUCAUUUGAACUUAUUCAGUGCAUUCUACUUUCCAUGGGACAAGAAGACCUGCACCCUAAAAUACAAACCUUGGCAAACCAGCUGUUUGGUUAAAUUGAAUUUAACAGACAGAUUCACAUGUUAAAGAUUGUUAAUAUGUCUUUCUAAAUGUGACCAUUGAAAAUACGAGCUUACUGUAGUGAGCAUGGUUUCUGUUCAAAUUAAAGUGAUAGUUCACUGAGAAAUGAAAAUUCUGUCAUCAUUUACUGACUCUCAUAUUGUUACAAACCUGUAUACAUUUCUUUGUUCUGAAUAACACAAAG